UGCUCCUUUAGUAAUCUGCAGGAUGCCGCCGUGAUCGUGUGGCGUCCGCAUUUUUUCUUCGAUUGGUCAACUGUGUCACAUGUGUCAUGAGUUUGUGUACAGAAAACCAUACGAAGACGAUUGUAUACUGAUUUAUAAAGUGUUAAUUCAUCAAAAAUCGAUUCCAGCAAACGAAUCAACGCAAAUCGAAGACAAGCGUUGGAUUUCGUGCAGGGGUUGCAAUAGAUGCAUCGUUGAAUCCUGACAUCGGGGCACAUAUGUCCGCUCCAAGAGAAAGAUAGGAAUAUUACAUCGAAUGUUUCAGUUCGCUAUGAGUACAGGAGGAAGAUCGUCCACCGGGAGAAGAUGACCCCGCGACGACACGUGUUCGCGGUGAUACGACGAACGCUACUAGCUGCUGGUAUCCUCACGUUAUUGGUGUUGGCUUUAUCGAGUCAGGACACCAGCAACAACACGCAACAAGGCCUUUUGUUGGAGGAGGAUUCGAACCUAACGCCGGAGGAAAGAUUGAUGGAAGAGGCGACAAACGCCGAAACGGAGAAACGAUUGAACGCUAGGAGGAAGUUCCUGGCAGAGAAGUGUGCCGAGGAGGGAUUAGACCGGCCUGGGAACGACUCUCUUCAUAGACCGAACGCCUGGGAAUUCCUUGUAAAUAGAGAGUAUCAUUUGAUAUGGUGCAACGUGUUCAAAGCGGCUUCUACCUCCUGGAUGUACAAUUUCAAUCUGCUCGCUGGAUACAGUCCACAAUUCCUGAAGGCUUCAAAAGCCGUACCAGUUUCCUUGGCGAGACAAAAGUAUCCUCGACAUACGGCAGAAGAAUUGAACAGGUUCCUGAACGACAGUAUCAGCUUCCUAAUCGUUAGACACCCGUUCGAGAGGUUGCUCAGCGCUUACAGAGACAAAUUGGAGCACAGUUUACCGCAUACAUUCCAUAGCAAUCUUGGAGCUCAUAUCGUUUGGCAUUACAGAUCUAGGGAUCCAAAAACAAAUGGACGACACGGUCCGAGGUAUCCGCUAUUCGAGGAGUUUGUACGAUGGCUAUUGUGCCAGUGGAAAGCUGGCAAUGAAUUGGACAUGCACUGGACACCGGUGGUGAACUUCUGUACACCGUGUCAAGUGAGAUUCGACGUGAUUGCGAAAUUUGAAACACUUCACGAAGACCAAGAUUAUCUCAUAAAGCAAGCGCACGUAGGCCACAUCAUUAAACCAGAGUGGAAGAAUCCCACCAGAGGUGUCCAAACAAAAGAUGUAAUAAAAAAUUACUUCACUCAGUUGUCUAAAUCACAGAUCAAACAUCUCUAUGAGAUGUUUAGGUAUGACUUUGUGCUUUUUGAUUAUUCUCCUGACGAUUUUAUCGCUCUUGGAAGAGACGAAGACAGUGUACUAAUAUGUAAAAAAUAAUAGCAGUACUUCGUAUAGUUUGUAAGUGCAUUUAGCAUCUGAAUUUCAUUUUUGUUUGAACGCAUUACGUGACGCUCUUUGAGUAGCGUUGAUUACAACGAAAAUAUUAGAUAGGAAAUGCCUUUUCAGGGCUAAAACGAAGAGAAAAACAUAUUCGAUCGUGCAGGGUAACAGUGUACGCGAAGACACUACUGCUUUUUUAAUAAAUGAAAUACGGUCUAAUAAAUUGAUGAUAGGACUUAAGAGAACUCUUAACAAAAUAUUUGUAAGUUGUUAUAAACUGAUGCAAGAGCAGUUUUUAAUGAAUUGAAUGAAAAAAAAAAAAUUAGGAAUAUCUCAUUGCUUUGAUACUUGAG